AUGCACUGGACCGUCCCUCUUAUGAAUCUCUACUGCUAUCUCCCGCACCUUCUCAUGGCUCAGAUCAAGGCCGGCGAUGGCGUGGUUAACCUUGACGAAGGCCCUCAACCAUACGCGUUCAUGGCCUUUUAUGAUCGCGUGCGCGACAGACCAGCUCGUGCUCGAGGAGAACGCGUGUAUAUCAUAUUUGUUGGGAGCGUUGUUGGCAUCACUACUGAGCAGCAUACGCGCGAGGCCGCAAUGUGGGGCUGUCCCGAUGCUUACUCUAUCCGCACUCCUUCUCUCAUUAGGGCCUAUUCGAUCUGGCGGCACUGGCUUCGUCUACUCGCCAAGCUUGUAUACCAGCAUCCAGAGCUGGACGACGCCGGUCUUGUCAGGCUUGGUCGACAAAGUCUCCCUGCUGCGAAUGUAUUGGAGGAGUCCGUGGAAACGGAGUUUCAUCCAGAAGCCCCUCCUAUGUUUGCACCCCCACAAGAGGAGGUUUGUAUCGAUGUCGAGGAAGACGUCGAGGAAGACGUCGAGGAAGACGUCGAGGAAGACGUCGAAGAGGACGUCGAGGACGACAUCGGGGAGGACGUCGAGGACGACCUCUCAAAUGAUCUCUCGAACGACCUCUCCAAACAACCCUCGAACGACCUCUCAAACGAGACCAUUUCUGGUGAGGGUCUAGUCUCCGAGGUCUUUGGCUCGGAUACCGACGAGGUCGAGUUUAUGCUAGUCGAAUAUGAGGAUGAGAUGUAG